GUUUUUAUUUAUUAGUAAUUUCAAACAAUGCGUAGUAUUUGUGUAAUUUAUGAGUGAAUUUAAAACUUAUUCGACCACUGAAGCAGAAUAUCGAGCAGGGAUAUCGAUUAUUUAAUCGAAAAAAUAUGCGACAGAAAUUUGAAGAAAAUAUUCCACAAGUUGGACUAUUCCUGCUAAAGCUGUCCUUAUGUUUUAUAAUGUCAAUUGGCUCGCUUUAUCAAAAUUGCAACUAUUCCCAAUAUUUAAGACCUGGUAACAUUUAUUACGUGUACAAUCCCGACUAUCCCAACGUUUCCAAAGGUCGACAAUCCUGCAUGUGGAUUGCGGAAAGUGACUAUCGGGUGAAAUUAAUAUGCAAUAAAUUUAACAUACCACAGAAUUUCAAUUGUGCCUUUGACAAACUAACUGUACACGUGAAUAAAUCCGUAUCCCAUUCCUAUUGCGGAAAUGAGACAUUUAGCAUAGAAUCAACGGGAAAAGUCAUGACCAUUGAAUUAUCAACCACAUUCUGGACAUCGGGAGUUAAAUUUCUGUGCGGACUACAAAAAAUCGAAGAACCACAACACGAUAACUGUAGAUGCGGAUGGAAAAAUCCGACGAAAAUAGUGGGAGGUAUGGAAACUGGAGUGAAUGAAUAUCCCAUGAUGGCUGGUCUCGUCGAUCCUUUUCAAAGAGACGUAUAUUGCGGGGCAACCAUCAUAUCACAAAGACACGUUUUGACUGCCGCACAUUGCUUGACCGAUAGAAGUACAAAUAAUGUGGGUGUACUUGUAGGGGAUCACGAUCUUUCUACAGGUGCAGACACAAAUGCUUCGCGCCUUUACACCGUGUCCAGAUUUGAUAUAUAUCCUCUUUACAACGACGAGACUCUAGAAAAUGACAUAGCUAUAAUAACGACGAAUUCCAUUAUGAACUUUAGCGAGGAAAUUGGGCCAGCUUGUCUUCCGUUUCAACAUCAGUCCGAUUCCUUCGCAGGAAGUUAUGUAGACUUAUUGGGUUGGGGAACAACACAAUUUGGCGGAAUGAAAUCAAAAGCUUUACAGGAAGUUAUGUUAACCGUAAUCACAUAUCGAGAAUGUAGCCGAUGGGAUUCGAAUUUAUUAUAUAGCCAGAUAUGUACUUAUGGAGAAAAUAAAGACGCGUGUCAGUUCGACAGUGGUGGUCCCGUCCUUUGGAAGAAUCCUACGACGAGACGAGAGAUUCUCGUGGGUAUUAUCAGUUCCGGCUCCGGUUGCGGCAAUAAUGAACCAGGAAUAAACACACGCGUCGGCACUUAUAUAGAUUGGAUUCUUCGUGUGACGCCGGGUAAGUAUACGAAAUGUACAAUACGUUAUCAUCUCAUUGACACGUCAGAUAAAUAUACGUAAUAUACAAUACAUUAUCAUCUCACAUUUCAUGCGUAUUUAUCCUCUUACAGGUACCAAUUACUGCAAGA